UCUCCGGGUGAGGUAUUUCCUUUUUCUUUCUUUUAUGCAGAGACUGAGUCUUAGGGUGAGUUACCCGCUGCAACCCAACUCGUGCAUUCGAAGAAGGGUUGGUUUUGGUUUGGUAAACUUCCAUCCAUGGUCUCCGAAUCCGAACUCAUCGGCCGCCUCCGCGAGUUCCUCCGGAGUUCCGACCUCAACACCACCACCACCGCCACCGUCCGCCGCCAGUUGGAGGCUGAUUUCGGUAUCGAUUUAUCCCACCGCAAGGCAUUCAUUAGGGAGCAGGUCGACUUGUUCCUCCAGACCGAGCACAACCAACCGCAACAACAACCAGAACAAGACGACGACGUACCAAAAGAUGAAGAAGAAGAAGAUGCCCCUAAUAAUCCCGAGCAAAGUGAACCAUCCGAUUCCAAGGAAGAAUCGGAAGAAGACGACGAUGAAGAGGAACGAGAUAAACCUAAGCAUGCCAAAAAUGCCAAGAAGAAUAAAGGACGAUCUAACAAGUUAGGUGAUGAGGUAGCAAAGAAAAGAGGUGGUGGAUUUUGCAAAUUGUGUAGCCUGUCUCCACAACUUCAGGAAUUCAUGGGAGCUCCAGAAAUGGCCAGGACUGAGGUUGUUAAGCAAAUAUGGGCCUACAUUAGGGAGAAAAAUUUGCAAGACCCAAAUAAUAGACGGAAUAUAAUUUGCGAUGAUCGAAUGCGGGCCCUUUUUAAUGUCAACUCCAUCAACAUGUUCCAAAUGAAUAAAGCGUUGUCGAAGCAUAUCUGGCCAUUGGAUUCUGAUGAUGUUGUCCAGGUGAAGUCCACGCCAAAGGAGAAGCAGAAGAAGCAAGAGAGAGAUGAUGAUUCAGAUGAGGAGCCAAAAAGAAAGGAAAAACGGCAGAAGGGAGCAGGGAAAUCAGGUUUUCUUGCUCCUCUUCAGCUAUCAGAUGCCCUUGUAAACUUCCUUGGUACCGGAGAAAGUGAGUUAUCAAGAACAGAUGUUAUAAAAAGAAUGUGGGAUUACAUUAAAGGAAACAACCUUCAGAUGCUUACGGUUCUCUUUCCAUAUCCGGUGACCACACCAACUUUUGAAGAUCCUUCUAACAAGAGGCAAAUAAUAUGUGACGAGAAGCUGAAAGAACUCUUUGAUGUUGACUCCUUCAACGGCUUCACAGUUACAAAACUGCUGGCACCACAUUUUAUAAAGACACAGCAGUGAGUUGCUUGUACAUUGUUACAGUCAAGCAUGGGAUGAUUGGGGAAUUUUGUUCAUCAUGUUAGUUUCUUAAGAAGGUUUCCUUUGUGUCCUGUUGGCAUGCCAACAGAAGGGAUAGAAAUUUGUAAAAUGACAGAUUUUCAGUAAUUUUUUCUCGAAGAUUUUCAUGUUGUGACCUUUUUGUUUUAAAUUAUCCUAGUUUUGCUACUUUGGCAGUUGAAUUUUUUUGUAUAUUUGGUUCCUGAAGCUGCAGGGAGAAUGUUGGCUUCGUAUUCUACUUGA